ACACAAGAUUAGAAAGUUAAUUAAUUAAAAUGGAAUCUCGUGUGUGGGGCUGGUUCGGUAGUAUUUCAGAGCUAGAGGGUUGACAAGAACCAAGUUUUCUAUAUAUUCAUCUCUCACUUCAAUACAACCUUCAUGCAUUGACAUAAGACAGAGGGAGAUCAUUAUUAUAGAAUUAUAGUCAUCUCUCUCGACAUUUUGGCAUACCUCAAAAGAAAAAAUAAUUGUGGUAAUACACAGGAAAAAGAUGAUUUCUGGGAACACUAAUAGUUCAGGUUUUAAGCAAAUUUUGUACGGGGUAGCAGAUGAUGUAUUAUCAUCAUCAUCUCUGCAGGAUCAUACAAGUUCAAGUAAUGAAGAUAAUAAAUGUCAAUCUAAUGCAUUUCUUUACAGUUUUUCAGUUCUCAAAGACAAAGUUCAUCAAGUGCAAACCUUAGUUAAUGUUGCAGUUCUUUCUCAGGAUCAAGGAGUAGUUCAACAACCAGUUGAAUCUGUAUCAAUGGCCAUAGCUGGAAUCAGAGCUUUACUUCAAGAGAUAAUUGUGAAUGCAUCUUCGAUGAUGUUUACUUGUCAACAGUUAGCUUUAACAACUGAAAGCUAUAUAAAUUCUUCUUAUGUUGCUGGUAUGGGUAGUAAUGAUAUGCAUCAAUUAUGGCGCGUUCAUAAGGUGGACGAUGAAGUAGUUGGUUUGCCACCAACACAACUCAGUGAUCCUCAUCCAAGUCAUGUUCAAAUUGGAAACGAAACUGGUGGAGGCGGCAGUUUUUUUUCUGACGAACAUCUAGAGUGGUAUGGCGACAACUAUAACAAUUACAAUACCACUAAUGUUCAUGAUGACAUUACCACCACCAGCAGCAAGAAGGUAGUCGUUGAAGAGAUGAGAUUAUUGAAUGAAGUUGAAAAGAAAGAGGUGAGAACUGAUGGGUGUUCUCCAACAAAUUACGAAUUAAUCGAAUUGGAUGCAGCGGAUUUGUUGGCCAAGUACACACACUAUUGUCAAGUUUGUGGAAAAGGGUUUAAAAGAGAUGCGAAUUUACGGAUGCAUAUGAGAGCUCAUGGAGAAGAAUACAAGUCUAACGCAGCUCUAAGCAAUCCAAGGAAGAGUAGAAAUUCUAACUCGAUGGAAAAUAAUGCAGAAUGCUACUCCAUAUUGGUUCCAAUAAGAAAAUAUUCAUGUCCACAAGAAGGAUGUAGAUGGAACAAAAAACACGCCAAGUUUCAGCCGCUGAAGUCUAUGAUAUGUGUAAAAAAUCAUUAUAAGAGGAGCCAUUGUCCAAAGAUGUACGUGUGUAAUCGAUGUAAUCAGAAGCAAUUUUCGGUGCUUUCGGAUUUAAGGACUCAUGAGAAGCAUUGUGGUGAUCUUAAAUGGCAGUGCUCUUGUGGAACUACUUUCUCUAGGAAAGAUAAACUAAUAGGUCAUUGCGCUUUAUUCUUUGGACAUAUUCCAGCAGGAAAUACUUCCGCAAAGCAGGAAAAGUUUGAGCUUCAUAUUGAAUAGUAAUUCUGAUGGAUGAAUAGACAAUAAUUGACGGUAUUAAUUAAGUAGAUGAUAAUGAAAGUUUUCAUAUGGGUCCUAGAAAGGAUUAUCCAUUUUGUUGCUAUUAAUGUUGUUUUAAGCAAUUUUUUUAGAUUUUUUUUCCUGCUACAGUAUUUUUACAACUGAGAGUUAUUUGGGCUCUUGAAAGUUGUACAGAAGUAACGAUGAUAGCUUCGUGUUCACAAUCAAA